UAAAGGAGAAUCUAAAUUCCCUUAACAUUUGAUUGCCGGUCGUAAUUUACAACCAAAUAUAAAUUUUUUUAAAUAUUCUUGAGAAUCUUAAAACAUUUCCGGGAAGAAACCCACUUUACAGUUUUCUUUUCACCCGAGUCGAACGGUAUUCACACUUUGGUCUGUGAGUUUGUGCAGUCAAAGUGUUUGAUAGUGGUCUUUGGACUAAAAUUAGUGCACACCCAUUAUAUAUAUAUAUAUAUAUAUAUAUCAUCGUAAUCGUAUCUGCAACUGAUCAAUCUCCAUCAUGCUUGUUUGUUUCUCAGCAUUUAUAACAAUCAUUGUGUACUCCAUACUUUCCUUUCUCUACUCUGUAACUGUAAUGUCCUCCAAACCUGAAUCUUUCUUUCCUUCAGUUAAACCUUCAUUGUUGUACCCAGAAAAAACCAUAAUUCAAUGCUCAAAACCCAUUUACCAUCAUCACCACUGCCUUGCAUGGAAGUUUUCGUACAAUUCCAGCACACCCAGUUUCAAAAAACCCAAAAAGGUAAAUAGGGGGAGAGGGGUUAGUGGGGUUUGAACCCCAAUGCUCAGGCACCAAAGAGUUUCUGCAACUGGGGUAUCCGUCAAACCCUCCCACACAGGUGUAUGCCGGGGAGGCAACAUUUUGAUGCUUAAAGGCCUUGAUCUCAACUAUGUGAGGAGGGUUCAUAUGUUGGCAGCAGGAUUUACAGUUGUGGACACAACGACCUAUAGGUUUUGUGUCAGUCUACUUAACCAUUUCGACAUCCUGAUGCUUGUCAUGCAUGUUUGAUGACUGAGGAACUUGAACUCAGAGACUUUUUUGCAUGAUGCGGUUUUGAUGGAUUUGAUUGUUCGAUAUGACAAAUUGGAGUACCAGGUUUUUCUUGAGAAGAAAGAGGUUAAAAAGGAAAUUUAAAAUGUUUGAAACUGGCAGUAAGCCUAUCCGAAAGAGGAGUGAUGCUUGGUAUGAAGUAGAAUCUGCAGAAGACAUCCUUGCUGAUAUUCUCUCAAGGGUUCCCAUUAAGUCCCUUCUAGCUUUCAAGUCUGUUUCUAAACAAUGGUGUAGAUUGAUACAGAGUUCAACCUUCAUCAAAUUGCAGUUACGCUGGUCCCUGGAAAGACCCAAUUAUUUAAUUUAUCCCUAUAUGGAUGGGUUAGUGAAUUUGUACAAGAUGAAGGGCAAAGGGGAAAUCAUUGAAAAGAUUAGUCUUUUUGGUUGUGAAGAUAUUUAUUCUCUCAGUCUGCUUUGUUCUUGUAAUGGUCUACUGUGUUUCAUCAACUACCCAUUCGUUCCAGACUCAAACAGGGAAUUAGUAUAUUUGAUAGACUUUGAUAUCCGUAUCUGCAAUCCCGCUACUCGUGAAGUCUAUUUACUUCCCAAGGGUAGUCCUUCUGAGAAGAAAAUAUCUAUUGGAGUUGCUUUUGGCCCCAAACCUUGGGAGUACAAAGUUUUUCGGUUUUUCCAUCCCAAGUAUGAUUCCGAUGAUAUCAAGUGUGAGGUAUAUUCAUCCAUUACUGGAUCCUGGAGAGGCAUAGGUGAUGUCCAGUACUGUCCCAUUGGUAUCCUGUACUGCCCCUUGGGUUCAAAUCAUGUAUAUGUUAAUGGAAAAAUAUACUGGUUUCUUCCUGAAGAAGGAGAUAUUAUAACCCCUGGCUCCAUUCUUUCAGUUGAUAUUGAGGAAAAUUUUAAAGUUAUCAGUCUUCCGGAUGAAGUCACUGCACAUGCAUUCUUGGUUGAUUUGGAAGGUUUCUUAUCACUAGUUGCUGUAUAUGAUGAUGAUCAAGUUGUAGAUGUAUGGAUUCUACAUGAUUCGAAUGAGUCUAAUUGGGAAAAGAAAUGUAGUGAUUAUGUUCCUUUCUCAUGUGUAGACUCUAUUAAUUUUGUAGCUGCACGGAAGACUGAAAUUUUUUUCAUCACUUCAGACCAGUAUCUGAUCUAUAAUUUGGACGAUGGCACCUGGACAGAACUUGAUUUUGAAGAUGAUUUUGAAAGUAAUCUUCCUGUUGUGCUUCCUUAUACAGAAAGCCUCCUCCCAUGUAAUGGAAUCCUGGGUUCUGAAAGAGAGCAUAACAAUUAAAAAGGAAAUUGGUUUCCAUUCUUGAGGUUUUGUUAGAAGCAUGACAAGGUUUGCAGUGGGCAACAUUAUGAUUCCCUAGAUCAUGAUUCUCAGUGAAAUCUCUCUCUCUCUCACUCUUGCUCUCUUCUUUUACUUCUUUACCUCUUCCUUUUAGAACAUAUGAACUGAUAGUUGUCUGGGUAUGCUUUUAUUGCAUUCUGUGAAAUCUGGAGAAGUUUUACUAUUGGCUUCUUCCAUGUGUUUGUUCCUUUCAUGUAGCGUUUUGCUUAAAUGAACAUGCCUCUUUUCUGGGGCACGUGAAAACACUGAUAAUCUAUUUUAGUUUGAAAGACUAAGAAGGAUAUUCUUAUGGAUUUUUGGAAUGAACUCCUUGAAGGUGGCUUGGGUUUUCUUUA